AGCGGUAGGCAGGCCUCUACGGUGGCUGCAGUGGAGCGACUGAGCGGCGCGAUGGCUUCCCAUAUUAGCGAGCUGGAAGCGGCCAAGAAAAACCUUAGCGAGGCGCUGGGAGAUAACAUCAAGCAGUACUGGGCUAACCUGAAGCUUUGGUUUAAACAGAAGAUCAGUAAAGAAGAGUUUGAUACAGAGGCCAGGAGACUCCUCUCACAAGACAAGGUGCACUUCCACAAUGACUUCCUGCUGGCCAUCCUCACACGCUGUCAGAUCAUGGUGUCUGUGCCAGAGGGUGCUGGCUCCUUGCCCUGGGCAGGCGGGUCUGCCUGCAAACCUGGGAAACCCAAAGGGAAGAAGAAGUUCUCCUCCGUGCGACAGAAAUUUGACCACCGCUUCCAGUCCCUGAAUCCCCUCUCCGCAGCCCAGCCCCUCAUAUCGAAGGACCCCCCUGAGGAGGAGGAGGAGGUGCGGCUUAGUGCCCACACGCUGCUGCUCCCCUCCAGAGGGCAGCUGGAGGCCAGGAUGAUGGUGACGGCCUUCGAGCUCGGCCUGGACAAUGUUAGCGAGGACGCGGUCAGCACACUCGUCUUUGCCGUCGAGCACCACCUGAAGGACAUUCUGAUGGCUGUGAUCUCCAGGCGGAAAGCCUAUCGCCUGCGGGACCGGCACUUCAAAUAUGCAUUCGGCAGCAACAUCACCCCUCAGCCCUACCUGAAGAACAGCAUGGGGGCUUACAACAGCAUCCCUGACGGGCUGCCCCCCAGCGCCUCCCUGCCCCCGGGUCAUCCUCCCCAGCUCUCCCCCGACGAGGCAGAGCAGCAGGCAGCACUCCUGUUGGCCUGUUCGGGGGACCGCCUCCCGGCUGCCCCGCCUCCAGUUAGCAUGUUUGACCUCCUGGAGGCGCUGCAGAUUCACCGCGAAGCAGUACCCUCACACACAGUCUACGCCCUGAACGUUGAGCGCAUCCUGGCACGGCUGUGGCACCCCAGCCACAAGGAGCUGGAGCAGGACCGUGUGCACCGGCAGCGACUGGCAGCCAAGGAGGGACUGGUCCUCAGCUGACACCGCCCCGCAGCUCCCCGCCCCAUAGACUCUCACUCAAUUCAGUUGCCUUUAUCAGAGAGGUCCUGGGGACAUGCAGCAGACUCGUACUGCGCCACAAGAAGAGAAGACUUGCUGUGUUAAGUGGAGAAUAAAUGCAAAUAUGUUUCUGUGUGUAUUUGGCUCUCCUGUCUGUGUUUUGAAGUGCUCUGCUUCAUGAGCAGAGACUGGAGACUCACGGCUCCAUGUUCACUCUGCAGACGCCUUGUCCUGGAGAAACUGGCUUCAGGACCUGAACUCGAGAGAACUUGAAUAGAACUAAACUAGUGUAUCCAGCAGGCUUCCUCCUGUCACUGUGGUACAGGCAGCUGUGCAUUCACAGUGUGUGGCACACCACUGUAUCUGCUGUCACUGGUGCUGCCUUUGUUUUAAUGCUGUCGCUGUAAAUUAACAUACAGAGCUGAAGUAAUGUAGCGGAGCUGAACUGUGAAUAUCCUUUUAGGGAAGAAACCAAGUGCAACAGACAGCAGUUCACCAGAAAGACGGAGAAAGAUGCAGCGUCUGCACACUUCUCUUGAUCCUGUGUUUGAACGUUGUGUCUACAGCCAUGACAGUAGCAAACGAGCAGUAAUUUAUUGGAGUUGAAAUGCAGCAAUUUAUUAAAAGAGCAUAUUUGGUCUCUUG